UAUAAAUGUUUAUUUAGAGUAUUUAGCUGAACUAGAAUUUUUGAUAUCAAUUAGAUGGGUAACCAUGGCUCUAAGUUGUGAGUAUCCGUGAGGAUAUUUGAUCUAUUUACAUAGAAGAUGGAUAAAGAGAAGAAAAAGUUUCCAAUUGGAAAAAAUCACUACACCUUAUAUGAGGAGGUAGGUGAAGGGGUUAGUGCAUCUGUUUACCGUGCUUUAUGUAUUCCAAACAACGAGAUUGUCGCCAUCAAAAUUCUUGACUUCGAACGAUGUAAUAGUGAUUUGAAAAACAUAUCCCAUGAAGCUCAAACAAUGUUCUUGGUCGAUCAUGCUAAUGUUCUAAAAUCACAUUGCUCAUUUGUUAGUGACCAUAACUUGUGGGUGGUCAUGCCAUACAUGGCCGGGGGAUCAUGUCUUCAUAUAUUAAAGGCUGCCCAUCCGGAUGGAUUUGAAGAGGUGGUUAUAGCCACUAUAUUACGUGAGGUUUUGAAAGGUUUAGAAUAUCUACAUAAUCAUGGCCACAUACACCGAGAUGUGAAAGCAGGAAAUAUUCUUAUCGGUUCACGUGGUGCAAUUAAGUUAGGGGAUUUGGGUGUUUCAGCAUGCUUAUUUGACUCAGGUGACCGACAACGAAUGAGAAAUACGUUUGUGGGGACUCCUUGUUGGAUGGCCCCAGAGGUCAUGGAACAAUUACGUGGGUAUGAUUUCAAAGCUGAUAUAUGGUCCUUCGGCAUCACUGCUCUAGAACUAGCUCAUGGACAUGCUCCAUUCUCAAAGUAUCCUCCAAUGAAGGUUUUACUUAUGACCUUACAAAAUGCACCUCCUAGCCUUGAUUACGAAAGAGAUAAGAAAUUCUCUAAGUCAUUUAAGCAAAUGAUUGCCAGUUGUUUAGUGAAAGAUCCUCUGAAGAGGCCUUCAGUAAAAAAAUUAAUAAAGCAUUCAUUCUUUAAGCAAGCUAGAUCAAAUGAUUACAUAGUACGCACACUUUUGGAUGGCUUGCCAACUCUUGGAGAUCGAAUAAAAGCACUUAAGAAAAAAGAAGAGGAUAUGCUUGCCCAAAAGAAAAUGCCUUAUGGGUCCAAGCAAUUGAAAUCGGUUGAGUGGCUUGAUGGCGUAAACUCCGGACCAGCAGUUCACAGUCAGUAUAGACCAUUAUGUGAUGAUAACCAUGGCCUUGAGCCCAAAUCAAAGCUCCCAAACAAGCCUGAGCUUCAGCAAACAGAGUCGAAGGGGCGAUAA